UGGUAAGAUUAUUAGAAUAUCUGAAUAUAGGUUAUUGUGAUACUAUAUAAUAUCUUCCUAUGUGUUCUGACUGCCGACUUACAGUAUAUUCUCACAACUCAACCUGACUUGAGAUAGAUACCGUACCUGUUGACAUUCAACCAUGUCUCGGCCUCGCAUUGGUGCUGGAAUCCACCCGAUUCCUGCUACGAGGGAUUUAAACCAGACCCCAACCCCACAGAAUCCUCAUCCCACGGAUAUGCUAACGGAUAUACGCUUGCAAAGAUCGAGUCCGUCUAUUGUACGACGACAUUCAAAAUCUUCAAUUACAAGAGUGGAUGGGGGAUUUAUUCUCGGACCUGGUCGGCCACCAAUUGCAGGAAGAAAAAAUGAUGAACAAGUAAAGCCUAAGAUUGAAACAACAUUUGGACCAGCAUAUUCGGCAGUAACAACAAUAACAACAGAUGAAGGAAAUAAAGUGCAAUAUCAGCAUAAAAGAACGUCAUCAAUGUCAAGCCACAGAUCCCAGAAUGAUUCUGAAGAUCUUCGAAGUACAAGCCAUCAUGGCAGUCUACCACGUAGUCAUCAUAGCGAAUCCGCAUUCUCAAGGCCGUCUCGUACUGGGUCUGCAUUGUCUUCCACGUCUACCCUGUCAGGGACUUCCUACAGGUCACCAGCGUCGGAUGAAGAGAUGCCUCUUGUAUUUGCUGAACCUCCUCCUUCACAACUUCUUUGCAAAAUAUGCAAUCGUGUUUAUAAAGUUCCGAUCAUCAUGUCAUGCGGACAUUCCUUCUGUAAAACAUGCACAAUGACUUUGGAACAUUGUCCUGUGGAUGGAAAGGCUAUGACACCGAUAGUGGACAAUCUUGCUGUCUCAGAACAAGUCAAUUCACUAUUCAUUCAUUGUCGAUAUGGUUUGAGACCGACAGCUGACACAUUCGGGGAAUUUGAAAUUGAUUCAAACGGAUGCCCCUUCACUAUCAGAUUCGGUGAAAGAAGGAAACACGAAUCAGAAUGUGAAUAUGCACCGGUAUCCUGUCCUAAUAAUCCAGCAUGUCCGAACAUGUUGAAACGACAUCUAUCAGAGCAUUUAGAAUCUUGCAAACAUAUAAAAUGUCCUAAUCAUAAAUUUGGGUGCCAGUUUAUUGGUGACAAACCGAGCCUGACAACCCAUGAAAGCAUCUGCAAAUUUGAAAUGGUGAAAGAUUUCCUUCAACUUACUGAAGAUAGAAUAACAGAUCUGACUAAUGCAAUGAGACAAAGAGAUGAUGAAAACAGUUUUUUAAGGUCGAUGUUGUCUAAAACAGCAGAUCGAGUUGAUGAGUUAGAAAAAGCAACAGAGAUUAAAUUCGAUGUAUUGACUCAAAACCAGAAUAAAAUAUCAGAAGAACUAAGGCAACUCCGACAAGAUGCUGUGAUUAUUACAAAUGAAUUACAGAACUUGAAUACCAAGUUAAAUAUGGGAGGAAUAGGGUUAUAUGACCCGCAACAAAUUUUCAAAUGCAAAGGAACAUUUGUCGGCCACACCGGCCCUGUCUGGUGUCUGUUUGUUCAUGGAGAUUUGCUGUUCAGUGGUUCGUCUGACAAAAAUAUAAAGGUCUGGGACACUGCAACAAACUACAAAUGUCAAAAAACACUAGAAGGGCACACUGGAAUUGUUCUUGCUAUAACUGCUAAAGGAAGCAAUUUGUAUAGUGGAUCAGCUGAUUGCAAAAUUAAGGUUUGGAACAUCAAUACAUUGGAAGAAGUCAAUUCUAUCGAUGCUCACGAGAAUGCAGUUUGUACUUUGGUUUGUUCGUAUAAUUACCUGUUCAGUGGAUCUUUGAAGAAUAUCAAGGUCUGGAAAGCUGAAGGAACAGAACUCACUCUUCACCGAGAACUAACUGGCUUAAAUCACUGGGUUCGGGCUCUUGUCGCUUCACAGAAUUAUAUCUACAGCGGUAGUUAUCAGACUGUGAUGAUUUGGGAUGUUCGAACACUCGAGUGUGUUCAUGUGCUGGAAACAUCUGGUGGAAGCGUAUAUUCGAUCGCCGUAACCGCUCACCAAAUAUUGUGUGGAACGUAUGAAAAUGUAAUUCAUGUGUGGGAUGUUCGUAACCAUGAACAAGUUGCAACCUUAACAGGGCACGUUGGAACGAUAUAUGCUCUUGCUGUUCUCAGCACACCAGACCAGACUAAAGUGUUCAGCGCUUCUUAUGACAGAUCAUUAAGGGUAUGGAGCAUGGACAAUAUGAUUUGUACUCAAACCUUGAUCCGACACCAAGGUAGCGUGACAUCACUCGCUGUUUCAAGAGGAAGAGUUUUCUCUGGAGCUGUUGAUUCAACAGUCAAAGUAUGGCAGUGAAAACUACAACCAAAUAUCAUGAUGCGCUCGUCGCAAAUCGAUUGUAUCUCGAUGAGACUUGAGUUGAAGUUUAGAGCCAAAUAUGAGAAUGCAGUUACAGCGGAUAGAACUUACAUAUUUAUCACCGGGGAGAAGAAAGCCGAUAAGACAUCUUAAUCAUAUGGCAAAUCACAGCCUCUCGUCCGGUUACCAGUCCAAGUCAGGUUUAGUUAGCCAGUUAUGUGUUU